AGUAGUAGGUGUGGCUGCCUGCAGAUUUUGAUAUCUUCUCUUUAAAGACAAAAUAAUCAUGUUGCUGGUUCUUACUGAAGAACACAAGACCCAUCUCUCCUUUCUCUCCACUGUAGACAUUUCUGUUGUGAGAGAGUUUUGCAGGAUAUCAAUGGAAUUUAUCAAAAACGGACCAAACACUAAGCUAUACUCUGGAGCAGCACAGAAACUAGGUGUUGACACUGCUACAGUUAGACAGAGUGUUCAAGGUCUCAUGUUUCUACUAGUUGAAUCUUCAAAACUAUCAGUCAAUGAAAUUGAUUUUUUGGACUCCAUUAUGAUCCUUGGAUUUGACGAGGAGCUAAACAAGGAAUUAUAUGCACUAUAUGAGGAGAACAGUUCUGAGAUAAGGUCCCUCCUAAUGAGUAUGUCCCUUGAUCUUCCUCACUACACUGACCUGGAGUGGAGACUGGAGGCACAACUGAGCUCUAGAUCACUGGAACGACAAGUACAACCAUCAAUACUACUGAGACUACAUACUGAGGAGGAAGGUGUUCCUAGUGUUCAUACGAUAGAGACUGAUCCUGUUAAUCUCAUUCAUUUGACUAACAGUCUUGAGACAGCACUAGCUGAAAUAAAGAGUCAACAUUGCAGACGAAUAAUGAGGGGCAUUAAAUAGAAGAGUAGAAACUUAAUUAUGUUACAGUUUGUUGUUAAUGUUUGUAUAGAACUACAAUAUAAAGUGAUCUAAAGUGUGUCUAUGUUUUUUGUUUCAAAUGUUAAUGUAGCUUGGCUGUAAACUUAAAUGCAUUGAUUUUUUAUAAAUUGAAUUAUGAUAGACCCAA